AAGGCGCUGGUUUCAAGUUUAAGGUCACAGGCAUGUCAUCGCUUUGGCCUUGGUCUUCCUGUUAUUUCCCUCCCUUAGGGGUUACGAUGUUAGCUAGUUCCGACGGAACAGUGCGCGUUUAUAAUGGUCAGACUGGUUUUCUUGAUAAAGAGACAAAUUUAGUCACUAGCUCGGUUGAUAAUUGUUCACGUAUAUCCCUUGGUUAUUUUCCUUCAAAUGAACGUUUAGUAAUUACGAGAGAAACCGAAAUUAACUCGAGAACCCACUCAAAUGGAUCUGUCCUGCUUCAUGGCUUUCUUGAUAAACGCAUUCAAAAUAAAACUGAUAAGAUCAGUCUUGAAUUUUACUCAAAUCAGGGCUCUCUUAUAGAACUAUUUCUUUCCACUGUUGAAAGUUUGUACACUGAUUAUGGAAGUUUGGUUAUAAACACUCAUAACUGUCCUAAUCCUAAGUGGAAAACGUUUACCAUUUAUGGUAGUUAUGAAAUGUUGUAUAGUUCAUUCGAUAAGCUACAGCACAGUAGUGCGAACAAAGGCGUGCUUCUGACUGCCCCACUGUUGAAGUCAAUUCUGUAUCGAUUAACACGAGCUGUAACGGAUAGUGACAGUAUUUUGAUUUUUACGGCUAUGCGAGAACCGUUCACUAUGCAAAGUGAAGCCCAUAGACGCCUUACAUUUACUCACUGGCCUCAUAUGGAUUAUCAAUGGGCAACGCCUUCCACUUUGUCUGAAGCUGGAUUUUACUUCCCAUUUAAGUUCCCACUUGACAUUGUAUUUUGUCUUGAAUGUUUAGUUAGAUUGUCAUCUUGGGAACCAACUGAUGAGCCAUGGAGCGAACAUAUCAGACAUUCACCUCAAUGCAGCUUUGUGUCAUCUCCAAAUUCGAAAAGCAUACCUAGCACAUUUUCAUGGUCAACAGAAACAGCACAAACUCAUUCAAUAUCCAAUGAUCCUAUCAUGGUGCUUACAGCUUCUACAUCAAAAGAUUUUGUCGCAACUUCAACAGUCGAUGGUGGGAUUACUGUUUGGGAUCUGUCGUACUUCAACAGACGUUCAUUAGAAUUCAAUCUUGUGGAUGUAUUGAAUGCUUCGAUAGUUACUACUACUACUACUACUACUACUACCAGUGAAAUGAUUACUAAAUCUCAACUACAAGUACAUAGUGGAUGUCUACUAGUUUCUAAUUCUUCUAACAUGAAAUUCAUCAAUCUUCCACAACUUCCUAAAAUACAUCAUUUAAUUCUUGGUUGUUGUUUACCAUAUUCAGUAUAUAAUAAAUUACACUCUUGUAUGCAUACCAUGUCAACAACUAAUAAAUUUGAGAAUGUUAAAAAUAACAAUUUUAAAAAAUAUCAACUAUGCCUUAUCAUUAUUGAAUUAACUCCAUUGAACAGUGAACAAGUUAUGUGGAUAGCUGAUUCUACUUUCUCUUCAACAACAACAACAACAACGCCAUUUUCUCCUAAAUCGAUAUUUCCUAAUCAAUUCAAUAUACAUUCAAUACCGAUAGAUCUUGUCAAGUUUCUUCCAUCAAUUGGUUAUGAUCAUAAUAAUAAUGAUGACGAUACAAUAGAAUAUGAAGAAUUAGGAGAUAUUGAUGAUAAUGAGAACGAAACUGAUAAUGAUGAUUAUGAAGAUGACUUUGAUGAGGAGAGUUCUGACAAGUUAAGUAGCGUACAUAUAAAUAAUAUCAUAACUGAUUCAGCACCCAAAGAUAAUAUUUCAACAUCAUCAGUCAAUUCAAAGCUUAUCGAGAAUGAUUUUUAUACGUAUAUUGGUUUGUCUAGCGUUGUUGAAGAGUUUGUAAAUUUAAAAGCUACGACGGACUGUUAUCACACAUCUUCAAGCAAUAAAUUACAACUAAAGAAAAUAUCUGCUUCAAGUUCAUCCAAUUUGUCGUCAUCAAUAAAGUACAUUGAAAAUAAACGAUCUAAUAUGAAUGAAACAACCAGUUCAUUUCUAUGCUCUGACUAUUCUGAAAAUAAAAAUGGUAAGAGUGGAUGUGUUGAGAACUUACCGAAACUUGUUGGUGUCAUACCUUUGUCAGUUACUGCUGACAGUACUAAUAAUGACCUUGAAAAUCCUAAUUUUCGUAUUUUACAAAUAUCACCACUACCAUUGCAAACAAUAUCCUUCAAUAAUGGUAAUUCCGCUUAUUCUCAAGGUAUACUUGUUUGUUGUGGCUUGUCAAGAUCAUUAUCUCAUGUAAAGCUUCAUCAUAAAACAACUACUGAUAAUCAAUCGAUUGAGGAUGGUGAUUUAUUUUUAUUCGGAUAUAAUGAAAAUGACUGUAUUCUACCUAAUUCAGUUGGUUAUCACUUAGUUAUUGAUGAAACUCCACUUUUGCACAUUAAAUUGCCUGAUCACUAUUGUCCUGUUCAAAUGGAUGUGGUAUCCAGCACUAAUGAUCUACAUGUUUGUUCUUUAAAUACUUUAUACCCUUCAGUUAAAUUACAAUAUGAAUGUGGACAAUCAUGUUUAGCUGUCAACAAUACUACUUCUACUACUACCACUAAUAAUAAUUUAAAGUUUACCAUAGACUCACCUUUAAUUACCAUAGGAACAUAUGACUUAUCAUUUUGUUGUUUCAUAUUAACAGUAUACAAUUCAUUGUUACAAAUAAAUGUUUAUAAAAAUCUAUUAUGUUAUGCUCAAAUAAUAAUAUCUAAUCCAAUCUUAUCAGUUAAUGAAGAUAACAAUAAUAAUGAAAUAAAUAACAACAAUAUGUAUUGUAAUAUACAAUUUGAUACAUUCACAUAUUGUACUGGUUUAGAAAAUAUAUGUUUAGGCACUGUAAAUGGUGAAAUGUACAUCUAUCAAUUACAUAAUCAUGAAUUAUUUAAAUAUGAUAUGAAUAAACAAAAACGUAUUCAUUUAUAUAAUUCAAUAUUACCAAUUCAUCAUAAUGUUGAUGAAUCUUCUGAUGAGAAAAUUGAAUUAUUCUUUCCUAUUCAUAAUCAUAAUAGUAGUCAUAGUAAUAAUGGUUAUUCAUUAAGUAAUCUAUAUGCCUAUUAUAAUUGUCCAUUAGACCAAUGUUUUAUUUUAUAUCAACUUAUUAAAACUAUUCCAUUAGAUUCAUUAAUUCAAGUGAAUUUUCCAAAUCAAAUUGGUUGGUAUGAAGUGGAACUUUUUCCAUUAUUAUCUUCUUCUACAAUAAAACCUACAACAUAUAAUUCUUUUAAUGAAGAAACAUUCAUUCAUAAUGAUAAUAAUAAUAAUAAUACAAUUCAAAUACUUUCUAAAUUAGUUACACGUUAUAUACAAUUAGAAAAAGAAUCAUUUAAGAAAUCAAAAUUAACUAAUGAUAUAUUAUAUAAUAUUUCAGUAAUGUUAAAAUGUGCUACAUUAGCUGUUCAACUUAGUUUAUCAUCUAAUAUAUCUACUCAUUUAUGGGAAUUUAAUACUAAAAAUUGGUAUGAUUAUCAAAAUUUAAUGAAACAAAAUAUUGAUAAAUUGAAUAUGAAUUCAAUUAAUAAAAAUAUCAUACAUAAUGAUUAUGUAAUGUUAAAUUCUCAGAAUAUAUUAUCUGAAUAUCUAUUAGAGAUUAGUUUACCACGAGUAUAUUUAAUUUCACAUUUUAUAUUUCAUUCAACAUUAAAACAGUAUGAUAAAAUGCAAAAUCAAUCCGAUGUGUAUAUAACUCUUCUAAGAAAAAAUAUUCCAUCUAACAAUCCUGUCAGUUUUAUUCAUAAUCCUUCAAAAACCUCAAUAAAUGCCGAUUGUAAUGAAUUUCAUCAUGUAUCGUCAGUUCUUGAUCAUAGUUUGGUGGUACACGAUUUAAACGCUCCAUUUAUCGAUGAUGAAUACGACUGUACACAUUCGGCAGAAUACAAAUCACAAACUUCGGAUGACAAUAUCGACUUCAAUAAUGCAUUACUAUCAAAUUAUUUAAAAAUUCCUGGACGUGUAUAUCAUAUGCCUACUGAAAGCAUCAUCUCAUCAGAACGUCUUCGUGAAUUAAAUGCAAAUAUAAUUGCUGGUCCAUAUUUAUUAAGUGAUUUUCUUAGUAUGAAUGAUCGUUGUAGUAAUAUUCCAAUGACCAGUUCAGAAUUAAUUAAAUCACGUUCACGUUUAUUUUCUGUGCAUAUCAAAAUAGUUGAUGCCAAAAAUGAAACUUCUUCAAAUCUUGAUUGUCAAUCGGCUACUACAGUUGAAAUUCAACAACCACCUUUAUUACUAUCUGAUAUAUUUGCACAAAUUGGUCUGAGUGUUCAUCAGUUUAACACCACCUGUUAUCGUUAUGACCAUCCUGCUCCCCCUAAUGAUUUUGUUAAUGAAACACCAUCGUCAUCAUCGUUAUCAACUGAUCAGCUUACAAUUGUGAAUGAUAUUGAUAAUGAUGGUAAUGGACAUACAUCCUUAAAGUCGUGUAAAAUGCAUACAAUUUUACAUGAAAGGGCUCAACUUUUAGCUAUUCUACGCUCUAUGAAACUUCAUGAAGAUUGUUUUAAUUUUCUUAGCUCAACUGAUGGUACUUGUAAACAUAAUAGUAAUAAUAAUCAUAAUAAAUGGAGAGACUUUCUUACUCAAAACUCCUACCAUCAUAAUAGCAAUUUUUCGUCAGUUAUUCUAGAUAUUUUGAAUUGGGUUGUAUUGAUGUAUCUUCAUGAGUUAGAAUUAUCAUGCGAUAUCGUAGCGAAUUUAUUAAAUUUGGCUGCAAAUAAUUAUGAGAUGUUAAUUGAAAAUGUAAUUGUACACGGUGAUCGUGAAUGUGUUCAACUUGGAACAAAAUUAUUGUUUAGUUUACUCAAAUUAGAAUUUGUCUUCCUAAAAUAUUGCUCUUCAAAUAAUUCAUCAUAUAAGAAGCCAAUGGUUUUCCAUGUAUUACGCAAUUGUCUGUCUACCGAUAGUAAAACUACUACUGAUAAUAAUAAUAAUAGUAGUAAUAGUAAAUUCAUUCGUUGGUUAUUAAUUUGUCAAACAUCAGCUGGAUGUGAAACAUUAUUCAGUUUAUUGGAUUUCAUCAUUUCUUAUUCUUUUGAUGAAUAUCGUAAUAAUUUAAAUGAUUUAAAGGUAAAAUUGUUAUUACAAAAUAAUCUAAUGACUUUACUCAAUACAGUUUCAUUGUUUCAUGAGGAUUUCAAUCGUCUACACCCUUCAUAUCAUUUACCUACAUGUCUUGGUCCACCUAUGCUAUUCAAUCUACCAAUAUGUAAUUGGACUUUCUUAGGUUCUGAAUGUUUACAAUCAACUAAUAAUAGUAAUAACAAUAAUAAAUAUCAGAAAUCAUCUCAUUCAACAAUUCCAAGUACUAGUAAUAAUAAUACUACUAAUACUAAUACUAAUUCUAAUCAUAAUAUAAAUUUAAAUUAUGAAAAUAUUAAAAAUUGUUAUUCUAUUAAUAAAGAUGUAAUGAAUUUUAAUGGUAUAUUUACACCGAAAAAUUAUAUAACAUUUAUAUCUGAUUCAAAAUUCAAUGAUACUAUUAAUUUAGCGCAAAAUACAAAAUUAAUAGAAACAUCAAAUCAUUUACAAAACAAUGAUAACAUUAAUGAUAAUAAUAAUAAUAAGGAUUCAUUAUAUCUACUCUCAUCUAAUUAUUCAUCUGAUGUAUCCUAUAUUAAUUUCUCUGAUAUUUUCACAUUAAUGCGAAGUAAUUUCAUUAUGAAUAUUGAUAAUUCAAAUAAUAUACAUCAUAUUAUAUUAUCAGAUUUACAAGAUUGGCCAUUCAAUGGUAUAUUAGAUGUGGAACCAUUAAAAUUUCCUUUAGAUAAAUUAUCAAUUCAAUCAAAUGAUGAUUGUGAUAUUGAAUGUGUGGAUUUUUUUACUGGUGAACAAUUACCAAUAAAUGAUAAUAAUUCUUAUGUAAUAAAACUCAAUGAAUCACAAGUUGAAACUAAUAAUGAAAAUCAUCAGUUAACAUCUAUUAUAUCUCAUCUCAUUAAUUCCAUUGAAGCUUAUCAUUUAAUAAUAUCUCGUAUGCAUCCAGGUGCACAUCGUUCAGUUACAUUUAGUACUUAUUCAUCAUCAAUAAAUUAUUUAACUGAUUUAAUUAUUCCAAUGAAUCCUUGUUUACAAUGUAUUACAUUAGAAGCUAUAUUCAUAGAUAAAUCAUUCAAGAAACCAAUAAGUUCUACAAAAUUAAUAGCUGUAUCUACUGAUAUAAGUCAUUCUGCUUUAAUAUUACGUGAUAUUUAUCCACCAAUUAAAUUUACUCAUUUACGUAUUUCUAUAGUUGGUCGAUUAGAUUGUCCAUUCACUAAAGCACGUAUUCAUUUAGGUGCAUAUUUUGGACAAAAUGGUAUAUGGGAACAAUUUAUACAUCCUUUAAUGAAAACAAAUUCUAAUAGUAUUGAUUUAAUACAAUAUUUAGAAAGUAUUGUAUUAAAUAAAACAAUGAACUACAUUUCAAUUCAACAAUGUUUAAUGAAUACAUUAGACCAAUUUGAUAAGAAUAAAAAAAUAUCCGGUAUAUCAUUAGAUAGUGAUAAUAUCCAAAUAUCAUCACUAUAUAAACAAUGCUAUAGUUUACAAUAUCAAUUGAAUUGGAUAGAUCGUACAUUGAAUCGUUUAAGAAAAAUAUAUCAACCUGAAAAACUGCGUGAAUAUAAGAGUCGAAUUCAUCAAACGUCUAAUGAACAGAUAAGAAUGGAUUUGUAUCCAGAUAAAGUGAAGUAUGUUUUGGAACAUUGUUUACUGUGUUUGUUAAGUCAUGCAAAUGAAAUCUGGUCAGUGAUAGAACCUCUUUCAUUAUUAACCGAAUCAACAGGAGUUUCACCAUUAGACGAUGAUGAUUACACCUUUUUAAAUUAUGUUGAUAAGUGUUGUACAACAUUUUUAAAUGAUAUGAUUAUUCAUGGUAGUCGUUCAAUGCAAAUUCUUACAGUUGGAUUAAUGCCGAUGUUUAUGAAAAUCAACUCAAUUAUUUUACCAAUUCAUCAUACUGAUCAUAAUUAUCUUUAUAGAUUCAUUAAUGAAUUUUCUACAUUGAAAAAUAAUUUCUCACUAAUAAAAUUGAAUGAUUUACAAAUUGUAUUUACUAAUGAAUCUAGACAACAACUAUUAUUUUGGGCUAUAUUACAACGUUUAAUCCAUUCUGGAAUGUCUAAUGAUCUAUUUGAUACUUCUGUAUAUAUUCUUCAUGAUAUAUGGGAUUCUAUAGAUAAGAAUAAUAAAGAGGAUUCAUUUAAUUUGGAAACAUUUCAUAAUAUUCUAAUAAUUAUUGAUACAAUAAUAGAAAAUAGUUGUUCAUCUCUACUUACUGUUCAUAAAUCUUUACAUGAUUUUUUAACAGUAUUAAAUAUGCGUCAGUUAUCAUAUAAUGGUCAAAUAAGUAUAAACGGUUUAUUAAAAUGGCAUUAUUUUCAUCAAUUAUAUAAUAAUGAUCGAUGUAAUGCUAUAUAUCCUUAUUGUCAAACAAUAAAUACUAAAAUAACUGAUGGUAUUUAUAAAUAUAAUUUAUUAUCACAAUAUCAAUUGUGUAUUGUUUCAUUUUAUCGAUGGCAUUUAGAACAUUUAGCUAAUCUAUCAACUCAAUAUGCAGCUAAUCGUGAUUAUCAUCGCCAAAUUAUUCAGAAAGAUUUAUUCCCAUUGGGAGCAUUGUUUGUUCGACGAAAUAUUGAUUCACAGACAUCAGUAUUAAUGCGACGGUGUAUCCCAGAAGGUAUUCAACAAACCAAUACCUAUCCUAGCAAAUCUUUUAUUCCUCUGGAAACCUAUCAAAUUCCUCAACAACGAUUUCUCUGUAUGUUUGGUGAUGAUGAGUCUUCCACUGAAAAUUCUUUAAUCCAACUAUUACAGAUUUUAACCGAUGUUACAUUAAAAUUUUUAAAUAAUCUAUUAAAUUUAUCAUCUGUGGAUAAUAGCUCUACAAUGUCAAGAGAAUCAAUUUUAUUUCAGAAUUGUUUUGUUGUCUGUCGUCUACUUGGUCGUAUCUGUUGGCAUAUUUCAGGUGAUCGAAUUCGUCAAUGUUUCAUUCCCGAUGGAAAUAUUUACGAAUCUGCACUUUUUAAAUUCCUAACUAACUUUUGUCAACGUCUUGGUGAUCAAUCGUCUCUUUUGAAUGAUAUGAUUAUUGAAUGUUUAUGCCUUACUCUUAAUAGUGAAUGCAUUCCUGAUUGUCCACAGACCAUAAAAACAGAUAACUAUGGAAAUAUUGAAAGUAUUGAUCUUCAUAAAUCUCAAAAUAAAUCGUGGCCUUAUCCAAACAAUUCUGUGGUAAAUUAUCACCUACAACAAACUACAGAUUUAUUAUGGCACUUAUUACCUAGCCAAUUAUUGAACAGAGCACAGUCUAUUUUACUGAAACCAUUUGAUCAACAUCCCAUUGAUCAUAAUCAUGCACAAAGAAACAGACUUAAUACAUGUUUAGCAACAUCAUCAAACAACAAUGGUCAUUUUGUAUUAUGUGAAAUAUUUUCUGAAUGUAUCAAUCUCAUGUUGAAAGAUGCUAAAUCUAUUGGUCAACUGAAUAAUAAUAAUAAGCUACAAUCGAUUCAUGAUAAUUUGUCUGGUCAACAUCCAUAUCUUACAAAUGUUUUGUACCUAUUCUGUGGAAUUGUUGGUGAACCAAAUUUCAAACCCUGGAAACUUACUUCAAAUGAUGAAACUUUUAAAAAAUGCCAAUGUUAUGUAAAGGUUAAUCUUCAAAUAAAUAUUCAGUUGGAAAGUUUACAAAAUGUCUUAAAAUUAUUGGAAAACUUUGUUCAAUCAAUGAAAAAGACACAAACAAUUGAUCAACAUUACCUAUCUUCAAAAUCUGUUGAAUUUUUGCGUAAUUUUUAUACAUUGUCUAUUCAUUUUUUGGCAAUAUCAGCUGAAUCAUCAGAUCUACGACUGUACAUAUUAGAAUCUUCAAGUUUUUCAAUAUUUCUAAACACUAUACUUACAGAUUAUUCACUAAGAAAUGGUGUAAAUCGUUCAUGUACAUUAGCCUUAGAAGUACUAUUCACAUGGUUUGCAUAUUCAUCAGUGAAACUAAUAAAUUCUGAUUGUCAUCCAUUUGAUAAAUUUUGUCUCGACCAAUUAAUUGGUUUGUUUCCAAAGGCAAAUACUUCAGCUCAGAUUAUUGAAGGUCCAUGUGAUUUACAAGCCGUUCUUUUAACAGCCAUAUGUUCACGUAUUAAAUCAUUCAAUCAAGCAAACACUGUUGACAAUGAUAAUAAUGAUUCUGAUUCACUCCAACAUGAAAUUCAAACAACCAUCACCACAUGUUCCAUGCAUACAAUAUCAAAUUUGCCAAUUGAUUAUCUUCUUCAACUUGUACAAAUUUUAUUAAAUUAUCUAUGUGGUCAGCUUGUUGAGUUGAAUCAACAAUCAUCAAUGAAUAAUAAUAAUAAUAAUAAUAUUAAUAAUAAUAGGGCUUAUUUGUCAUGUUUUUCAUGUUAUACUACUGUUGUCGAUGAAGAAUAUGAAUCAUGUCAUAAAAAUUUCACCUUAUGGUCCACACUAACUAGUAAUCAUAUACGACGAAGAUUAAUUAGUGAUCCUUCUAAAAAUAUUGUACAAAAUCCGAAUGAUCAAUCUUCAACUCCUACUAAUACUACUACUAGUACUACUACACCAUUGUCAAAUUGUUCCUCAUCAUUUAUUCGACAAUUAACCUGUUGUUAUUUAUAUGGUUUAUGCUCUACAAGUGGAAUGUAUUCACAAAUUCUAUCCAAUAAAACAUACAAUGAUAAAUGUUUAGCAUUGAUUCUUGGAAAUCUUUGUAGAAUUCUAACAGAAACUUUCAAUAAUAUACAUGAUAAACAUGACAUAAAAGUAUUUUUUAUCAAAAAUAUUAAAUUAUUUAUAUCCUCAUUAAAUUUUGCUCAUAUCAGUUCACCUAUGAGUACAAUGAUAACAUUAUCUUGUAUGAUUAAUGGUUGGAAAACAUUGAAACAUUUUACUCAGUUAAUUAUUAAUCAUUUUAAACCAUUUAGUAUAUGUGAUUGGUUAUUUUAUUGUGUAAUUAUUGUUAUGCAAUCUUUGGAUUCUAUGGAUUCUUCGUCAUCAUCAUCAUCAUCAUCAUCAAUGGUAAUGUCAAAAUCUACAGUUACAUUCAAAACAUACUUGUUACAAUCGCUUAUAUCUCCAAUUCCUUUAAAUUCAUGCCCAUUAUUUCUAUUAUUAGCUUUAUGUAUUGAAUCUAAUUUAGAAUUACACAAUAAUGAUGAUAAUAAUCAUGCAAAUAUUAUUUUCAAUACUUUUAUAAAUGAUACUAAUAAUCGCAAAUCUAUUAGAUCAUCUACAUCUUCCAUUAUUUCUACAUUAUCUUCUUUUGAUAAUACAAAAUUAUAUACAAUCAAUACAAUUGAAUUAGGUCAAGCUUUAUUACAACAAUCAUUUCAUUAUAAUAUUCCAUAUUAUCAACAAUCAUCUGUAUAUAAUUUUCAAUAUUUAACUAAUUCAUUACCUAUUGGUUUAUUUGGUCCAAUUCAUUUAUUCAAACAAUCUUCAUUAGAAUUUCAUCAAAAUAUUGCCAAUUUCAAUUAUCCUUAUCAACAUCGUUUACAAUCAAAACAAUCAACUCAUAUUAAUACUAAUUGUCAAUGUAUGAAUUUACUUCAAUCGAAUCAACAUAAACCUAUGAAAAUCAAUUCUUCUUCUUCUCAAGAUGAUAUUCUUGAUGAUAACAAUGAAGAAAUGUAUUGUACUUCAAUGACAAAUUAUCAUAAAUCAUUCAUUGAUUUUGCGCCUAUAUCUUUUAUUUAUUCUGAUAUAUUAGAUGAACAAAUGACAUCAUUAUGUCAAACAUUAUCUAUUAUGAAUAGUCAUAAUGAUAAUUGUGAAAAUAUUAUAUUUCCAUUAUAUUUAGGUUUUUCAUCAUAUUCAUUUGCACCGAAAAUAAUGUCUACAUCAAAUCUUCUAAAUGAUGUAAACGAUUGUAAUAAUAAUACCAAUAAUAAUACUAAUAAUAAUAAUAAUGAUAAUAACCAUUCUUCAAAUCAAAUUCCGGAAAACUUCAAUUUGUCAGAUUUUAUUAAAACUAAUUUUGUUUUUCAUAGUAAUAAAGAAUCAUUACAGAUUAUUGUAAGAUUUCCAUUUUUAGUACAAUUAGAAUGUGUACAGUUGUCAGUGAUGAAUCCAUUUCAAUCAGCCAGUCAUGUAACUAUUGAGGUGGAACUAUAUCGCGAUUUACCUGGUGGUUCUCGACGAACAUUUAUCAGUGCACAUAAAAGUAACGAGUCAUCAUUGUCAAAACUUCAUACGAUCACUUUUCCACCACGGUUGGUAUCACAUGUUUUAAUAAGACUGUAUCAUGCUCAGAAUUACAAUAAAACUCUUCGUGUGAACACUUUACGCUUAUUAGGAAGACACGCAAAUGAUAAUAGGCUGUUUUUCACAGAAACUUGUGAAAAUAACUGCACAAAUGCAAAUAAUUUAGCUGUUGAGAAUUCGUUAAAUAAAAUCAGACCAAUUGUUUUAUUACAUCUGUUACAUAAUGAAAUGCUUUCACAAUUAUUACCAAAUAUAUUCUAUUCAUAUCAAUUUAUCAAUUCAUUAUUACACUGUUUACAUAUUGUUAGUUCAGAUAAAGUAUUAUCAAUGUGUACACGUCAAUUAAUACAAAUGGUUGCAUGUCAUAAUCAAAUUUUUGAAAUGAUCAGUCAUAUAUAUAAUUUUACCAGUGAUUGUUCAUCUGAUAAUGAAAAUAAGAUAUUACAAAAUGAAUGGUUUUAUUCACCUAUCGGUUAUAUUAAUGAAGCUGAUAUGUUUUGGAAAUUAUGUCCUUCAUCAGCUGUAUUAUGUGAACGUAUUUUACUUGGAUUAUUGGUUAAUACAGAUAAUGGUAGUAGAAAUAGUCUUGCUAAUUAUAUAUUAACCAAAUUACUAAAUGGUAAUAGCGAUGAUGACUUAACAAUAAACUGUGAAGAUGUAUCAUUCACAAGUGUGUCGAAAUCAAAUCAGGAUAUAGAUAAUGAACUCAAUUCAUCUUAUUGGUAUGGUCCAUUAGCUUCAUUAACAUCUACACCAAAUCAACGUUUAUUUGCAUGGUUAUGUUUACAUCAAGAUGCUGGACAAUCUACACGUAUUGAACGAAUCAUUAAUUGGUUAAGUCACUUCAAUGAAUCUAUGAUAAAACAAGAUAUUCUUUCUCAUAAUCGUCAAUUAUUGAAUCAUUGGUCUCAAUUAAUAUUGAUUUUUUCAAGUGUUUUAUGGAGUUUAAGUAGUGUUACUACCACUACUACUACUACUACAGCAAUAGAAAUGAAUCAAUGUUCAAAUUUAUGGCAAAAAUAUGUGACAAUUGAUUUUAUUAGUUCUAUUUAUGAUUUAUACAUCUCAAUUAUAAAACAUUAUCAAAUUGAUCUAUCUAUGAAUGAUAUUGAUGAUGAUAAUACUAAGAACUUAAUCGUUGAAAUUAAACAAUUUACCAAAGUACUAAUCAAUUUAAUGUGCUCUUUAUGUACAAUCCAACCAAAUGUCAUCUCUAUACUUUUAUCAAAACUUUUAAUAAUUCCUACAACAAAUUCAUUAUUUAAUCAAUAUGAUAAAUUAUUAUUCAAUAGUCAAUUGAAAGUAUUCAGUUCAAUUCUAUCAUCAGAUCAUAUUGUUUAUUCUAUUUUCUCAAUUAAUAAAUCGAUAAAUACAACAGAUCCAUUUAUAUCAGAUAAUUUCUUUUAUAAUUGUUGUACAUGGUUAUCAAAUUAUUUCUCAAUCAUGAAUAAUUCUGAAUCUUCUACUUUAUAUUCUUCCACUAGAUUAAUUCUUACCAUUGAUUUAGCUCUUAAAUAUUUAUAUAUAUUAAAUUAUUUCAUGCAAUCAAAUCAAUCUACAAUAUUACGAAUUAUUCUUGGACAAUUAAUCUGUGAACAUUUAUUUCCAAGUGUAUUUUCUUAUUUUACUAUGAUAUUAUCAUCAUCUUUAAUUCAAUCUAUAUCAUUGAAUAAUUUGUAUAAUAAUCAUUUUGGUUCAAGUAUUUAUGAGAUUCAUCAACUUCAACAAGCUAUAAUUACUUUAUAUCAAACAGUUAAAUUAUCAAUGCCAUUUUCAAAAUCAUCUAAACAAUUUAAUUCAUAUCAGUUGAAUUUAGAAAGUUCAAAGUUGAAAAUGAAUUGUUUAACUGAUCGUUUAAUUGAAACAUUUAAAGAAUCAUUUAUGAAGCAAAAUUUCAAACUAUCCAAUUUUAUAUCUGAACUAUUAUUGGCACAACCUUUAUCAUUAACACCUGUACCAUUUAAACAAACAAUUGCAGUAUUCGCAGUCACUUCAAAUCAUCCACACGCAUCGACUGAUUUGCCAUGGCCUAUAACUGGUCCACCAGUUGCAUUCAAUAUUCAGUCAUCUGAACUACCUAAAUCUGGAUUAGUUACAUUUUUAUGCAGAGAAAUCCAUCAGUCUGUUUCAAAUAACAACCUAGACUAUUCCAUUCAUCCUAGUCUUUCAACAGCUUUAUUAUUGAUCAAUAUUUAUCAUCCACCAGAAUACACUGGAACUAAUCAUUAUGAAUUUGAAAGAAGAAUUUUAGUGAAACAUUUGAGAUUAAUAAUUUAUCAUUUAUUGCAUCCGUUCACAAUGAAUCGCACUAGUAGUACUACUAAUAAUAGUAGUAUCAAUAGAAAUGUAUCAAGUUCAACUGAAAUAAAUACAAUCAAUGAUUUUGAAUUAUGUCUUAUUCAACAUACACCAAAUAUUGGUCACAUUAUAUCACCUAUUGAUUGGGAUAAUGGUAUAUUUUUACCAGAAGGUUAUACAGAUAAUUGGACUAUGGAACAAUUGAAUAAAUUCACUGAUGAUCAUCCACUUGUGAUUAAUCAGUCUCGUCUACUUUGUUUAUUAAUUCGACCAUGUGAACAUGCUAAAUUUGUAUUUCAUUCACCAAAAGCAGUAACUGAACCAUCAUCAUCAUUAAUAAAAGAAUUUCAAGAGACCAAUUCCACACCUUCUUGUUAUUAUUUAUUAAAAACAUUUCAAUCAUCAUUUAUAUGUGAAUUUUUAAAAUCUGGUCUAUUACAUUUUAUAGCAAAUUCUAUUGUUCAUUGGCGUAUUCCAUGUUUAUUAAAUAAUGUACAACAAAAAAGAGAAAAUUCUAUUUUAUCAUCAUUAGAAACUCCUCCUCCUCCUCCUACUCCUACUACUACUAAUACUACUACUACUACUACUACUACUACUACUACUACUACUACUACUACUACUAAUACUACUACUACUACUACUACUAAUACUACUACUACUACUACUACUACUAAUACUAAUACUAAUACUAAUACUAAUAAUAAUAAUAAUAAUAAUAAUAAUAAUAAUAAUAAUAAUAAUAAUAAUAGUAAUAAUUGGAAUCAAUCUGUAAGACAAUUUCAUUCUUAUAUUACUUUCUAUUUUAAUAAAUUUUCAAUAAAUAUUCCCAAUAAAUUCUAUAAUUAUAAAUUAGAUCACUUAAUAAUUAAUAAUUAUCAAUCCAUUCCAAUAAACAGUAAUCUUGAUAAUAUUGAAACAAUGAACAUGAUUCUGCCAAUACAUUGUAUCAUUACUUAUAUAUUAUUAUUAAGAAUAACAGAUUAUGAUUAUAAUUUAUUAAAUUUAAUUCAAUCAUCAAUGAAAAUUAUGGAAUUAAUAAUUAAAUAUCAAUUAAAUUUAGUUUAUGUGCCAAGUUAUUUAAUUCAAUUAGCUAAUAAAUAUUCUAAUUUAUCAUUAUGGACAGAUGAUGAUCACAAUUUCCAUAUAAAUAAUUAUCCUACUUAUAAUUUACAAAGUAGUAAUUUAAUUCAUUCAAAUAUUUUACCAUUUCAAUGUUUAUGUUAUUUAUACGAUAAUAAUAAUAAUGAUAAUAAUAAUAGUAAUGUUCGUGGUAAUGGUCAUCAAUCUCUAUGGGAACUACGUUGGAUACAUUUAAAUUCUGGUGUAUUACAGCUUAUCUUAAGUUUCAUGUAUGUUUUAUCUCAUGGUUCAUGUGUAAAUUUACCGCAAAGAUUUGAUGUGAAUGAAGUGAAAACAUUUAUUCAUUCAAUUCAGUUAGAUUGUAAUAAUAAUAAUAAUAAUAAUAAUAAUAAUAAUAAUAAUAAUAAUAAUAAUAAUAAUAAUAAUAAUAAUAAUAAUAAUAAUAAUAAUAAUAAUAAUAAUGAAGAUGAUUCAUUAUCGCUGACUAUUCAAUCAAUCAAUGAACUUUAUAUACAUUUUAUCAAACCAGCUUGUAUAGAUUUCGAACGUGAAUUAUUUCCUUCAAUAACAGUAUCUAAUCAAGAUAAUAAUAAAAAGUGUAAACAAAACACAAAUUAUCAAUCAUCUCAUACUAAUUUCAAUUCAAUACCUUCAUCAUCUGGAUUAAUAUCUGAUAAAAUAAAUUCUAAUUUAUGGGCAAAAGGUACAGGUUUUGCUACAACUCCUACAAUAAAUGAAACAUCAAUUAUAAAUGAUCAUUCAAUUAAUAAUAAUCAUAAUCAUAAUUUUCAAUCUAAAUGGAUCCGAUCAAAACUUCAACGUGAAGAUCAAUAUGCAAUUAUAUUAUGUAAUACAUUAAGUGGAUAUUUGUCUACAUUUAUGCAAAAUUUAAUAAAUACUGAUCAAUUAUUCGAAUUAAUUAUUAUUUAUUUUAUUCAUAAAUUUAAUUUAAUUAAUUUUAUCAUUAAUUAUUUACGUAAUGACUCUAUCACAGAAAUAAUUAAUCGUCAUUUAUUAUAUCAAUCAAUAUUUCAAUUAAUUCGUAUGAUUAUUUUAUGUCCUCGAUUACAUUGGUUAUUAACAAUGAUUCAAAGUGAUUUAAACAAUGAUAAUCUUGUUCAUUAUAACAAUAAUUUAUAUCAAUGUUUCAUUUUACAAUCAUUUCAUUCAUUUCAAUUAUAUUGGCAAAAUAUUAAUUUGAAUGAUGAUGUUGAUGAUGAUGGUAACGAUGAUAGUUUAGUGGAGAAUUUAAAUUCGUCAUGUAUUAUUGUCUUAGUGAAACAUAUACUAUUCUAUUUGUCAAAAUAUAAGGAACAAUUAAACAAAUUGGGAUUGAUAAUUGAGCCUUCUGAAUCGGAGCAACCGUCAAAACAAAUUACCUCUAAGUCCAACAUUGAAUUACACCCGACUAGUCCUACCAAUACACAUAUUAGUAGUGGUGGUCUUAUUCGCCGUUCAUCAAUACGAUAUCGUAAUUUUCGUAAACAGCACAUUAAUGAAAAUUUACUAAAAAAUAUACAUUUUAAAAGUCAAAACGUGUAUAAAUCAUCCCAAACAUUCAACACUACUGAUAUUAUUAAUUCUCAUUGUUCAACUUCUAAAACCUAUGGUUUAUUACAACUGAAAUCUGGUUUCUAUGAUCAGUUUGACGUUAGUGACAGUAAUACUAAUCAAAUGAGUGGUGGAGACAGAGAUCAACUUUAUACGUUAAUAGAAAGUAAUGUUGAGAUCAACUGUGAUGAUGACGAUGAUAAUCUUAACACUGCUUCUGAAAAUGUUCAUGAUAUUCAUUCCGAGGUAGAAAAAGAACAGGACGAAAACGGAAAUUUUCAUUGUGAGGUUAUUGAGAAUUUAACCGAAAAUGGUAAUCAUUCUCAAUCGAUUGGUAAAGAGAAUAAUCUUGUAAAUGGUGAAUUUCAUAGUCAUUUUCAAAAUGAUAUAUUGGAUGAUAAUCCUGAAAGUACUAACCAUGAAUUCAACAGUGAUAGCAGUUCAACAUAUGUAAAUCAAGAGAUCCUAAUCAUUUUUAAUGAACUCGAAACCACAUAUAAACUGCUUAAAUUAAUUUUGAAAUAUCAACAGUGCUCUGGAAAUAAAUCAUUAAUAAUGAUGAAUAAAUGUCAUCAUAAUGAGGAAGAUAAAUUUACUAAUAAUGAUCACAAAACUACUUUACAUGAAAUACGAUCAACUGAAUAUGGUAACGGCAGUGAUAGGAAUGGUACACUACAGAUUCAAACUUCAUCAAUUAAUUCAAAAAAGCUUUCAACCAAUAAUGCUUAUUGUACAGCUUUAAAAUCUAUACACUUUCGUACGAUCAAAUUUUUUUCACCUUCCGUGAAUAAUACUGUUUCUUCAAUAGUCCCACAUGGAUAUGCGAAUUUAUGUGCCCAACAUGAAGGUUUCAUCUUAAUUAACAGUUUUAAUACAAAAAAAUUAUUCAUUUAUUCCGCGUCCACCUCCACCUCUGGACUAAAUCCUGAUCAAUCUCAUAAACUGUCAACGGUUACUUCUACCACUACUAGUUCUCAAUUGAAAAUAACCCCAAAAAAUCGAUCAUUUCAUCGGUUGCAACGUCUCGCUCAAGAAAUUGUAACAUUGAAUACUAGUUUACCAUUGUCCGAAAAUGCUAGUGUGUUUAUUUGCUGUGAAGAAAAUCAUUUGUGUUUAUUAAAGGCACUAAUUACUGGACCUCCUGAUACUCCAUAUGCAAAUGGAUGUUUUGAAUUUGACAUAUACACACCACCAGAUUAUCCAAAUCAGCCGCCUUUAGUUGAAUUUUGUACAACAGCGAAAAAUACAUUCCGUUUUAAUCCAAACCUGUAUGAAGAUGGCAAAGUAUGCUUGUCAGUGCUCAAUACAUGGCAUGGAUCAAGCGAAGAACGAUGGAACCCUCAAACAUCAAGUUUAUUACAAGUAUUAGUAUCAAUUCAAUCGUUAAUUUUCGUACGUGAACCUUAUUUUAAUGAACCGGGUUUCGAGUGUACCAUGGGAACGCCUAAAGGCAUAAUUGUCAGUUACAAAUAUAAUGCUCGUAUUCGUGUUGCAACUGUUCGUUGGGCUAUGAUUAAUCAAUUAAAGGAUUUACCAAUUGGUUUUGAAGAGGUAGUUUUAAAACAUUUUCUAAAUCGACGUUCAUUUAUUAUUACUCAAGUUGAACAAUGGAUAUUUGAAAUGCGUAAUCAUGCACAAUUUAAGAGCGUAGAAAUCUAUGUCAAAGAGCUUGAAGAUUCUUUACCCAUCUUGAAAACGGAACUUAAUCGUCUAGAAGAACGUCUUACUGAUUGGAAUGAAAAACAUAGUCAAAUGUAAUAUAUCUCAAUGAAAAGGUAAUACCAGAGUAUAUAUGUAUGUAUAAAUUAUAUAUAUUUGAAAUACAAUAAUUAUGAUUACUGACUUGUUUAUUAUUUCUUACUUUCCAAUCUUCAUUGUACACAUUGAUUCUUAUAAAUUAGCUUACACUUUCUCGUUUCUUUUCUUUUAAUGUAUGUAAAUCAUGCACAUAAAGAUGGGUAACUAUAAGCAAACAAUUAUUUUUCAAUGUUUAGCAUUAUUAUUAUUAUUAAUGGUGGUAGUAGUGCUAGUAGUAAUAGUAGUCGUAGUAGUAUUGUGAAGAUAUCUAUUUUCUAAACGGCUUUUUUUAAAACUUUGAUUCAUUUAUUAAUUUUGCCUAAUAUUCAAUCCUGUUAGUGAAAUGUAUAUCUAGUGUGAUGUUUUGUCUUUUAAUUUUGUGCAUCUUUAAUUUCUCAGUUUAUUUAUAUUCUCAUUUGAUUCUUUUAUGAAAAUGACAAAUUUACUGUUUAUCCGGGUAUGUUUACGAUUGUAUAACAGUUAUGUAUUUGCUUUUACUGUUAUACUUUAUUUUCUUGAAAGGAUUCUACGAUCAGUAGCUGACAUAAAUUAAAUGUUUUUUUCACUGG